AUGACAACGGAACGCUCGCAACUCGCGUCGAGGACUAUUCCUAAGAUUACACUCGGUGAUGGCUCACCAGGUAGCCUCUCGGGACCACUACCACCCCUCUCGCAUGCGGAUCCCAAGGCCCGGGUUCUGGAACGCUUCAGCGUCACCGGCAACGCCAUAGUGACGGGCGGGACUGGCGACCUGGGCUUCACAGCCUGCCAAGUGCUGCUCGAGCACGGCGCUCGCGGCCUAGCCAUCUUCGACCUCGACGAGACCGAGGGAGCUGCCAAGGCACAGCUUCUGAGAGAAGGGUUUCCCGAGGCCAAUGUGCGCUUCAUGAGAGUCAACGUCACGGACGAGGCGAGAGUCAAUGAAGCAGUGCGGGAGGCAGCGGCGGAGCUCGGAUCCGUGGACGUGAUGGUGUGCUUUGCGGGAGUGGUCAGCACCAUGCACGCCAUCGACACAACGGCCGAACAAUUCCGCGUCAUUUUGGAUAUUAACCUCAAUGGGUCGUUCAUCUGCGCGCGGGCGGCGGCGAGCAGGAUGAUCGAGCAGGGCACCAGGGGCAGCAUCAUCUUGACGGCUAGCAUCUCGGCGCACCGGCCCAACUGGCCGCAGCCGCAGGUCAGCUACAAUGUGUCCAAGGCGGGCGUACUGGCUAUGAAGGACUCGCUGGCGGCAGAGUGGGGGGUUCAUGGCAUCCGAGUGAACACAAUCAGCCCGGGCUAUAUGGAUACUAUCCUCAAUGAAGGAGCUGGUCUGGACUGGCACAAAUCUCAGUGGUUUCACAGGCACCCAAUGGGGCGUAUGGGGCAGCCCGAGGAGAUCAUGGGCGCAGUUAUCCUCCUGGCCAGCAGGGCUGGUGUGUACAUCACAGGAGAGGAUAUUAGGUGUGAUGGAGGCCAGAUCUUGAUGAUGUAG